AGACACACACACCAGCAGCUACACCUACAUGCUAACUAUCACAGGCACACAGAGGCACAUCUGCCUCACAUCCACCUCAUACUUGUGUAUUUUCAGAGUUCUGUCUUUCAUCCUAUACCUCUCUGAUCUGUGCCUCCCAAUACCUUCCAAGAUGUUUACAAAGACCCUUCUCCCUGUGCAGUUAGGAGUGUAAGGCAAGAGAACCCCUAUUUCAUGGGGCAGAUCAAGAGCUGAGACCAAAGAUGGUCUAUGUUGCUGACCUUGUCCAGUCCUCCUACUUUCUUAGCUAUGAUCCCUGCUGUGAUCACUGAAGUCUUUCCCUGUGAGCAGCGGUGUGUGCCAGCCAGCCGUCCCUCUGCCUGCCCACUCAGUGGCAACUCCCUGGAGCUGUUCUGUCCUUUGUGGAGCCUCAGCAGUUCCCUCUUUCAGAACUUGCUGCCAAGAGCCCUGAACAGGAGCCACCAUGCAGUGCUUCAGCUUCAUUAAGACCAUGAUGAUCCUCUUCAAUUUGCUCAUCUUUCUAUGUGGUGUGGCCCUGUUGGCAGUGGGCAUCUGGGUGUCAAUCGACGGGCCAUCCUUCCUGAAGAUCUUCGGGCCGUUGUCGUCCAGUGCCAUGCAGUUUGUCAACGUGGGCUACUUCCUCAUUGCAGCCGGCGCUGUGGUCUUUGCUCUUGGUUUCCUGGGCUGCUACGGUGCUCAGUCUGAGAGCAAGUGUGCCCUCAUGAUGUUCUUCUUCAUCCUCCUCCUCAUCUUUAUUGCUGAGGUUGCAGCUGCUGUGGUCGCCUUGGUGUACACCUCAAUGGCUGAUCACUUCCUGACCUUGCUGGUAGUGCCUGCGAUCAAGAAAGACUAUGGCUCCCAGAAGGAUUUCACUCAAGUGUGGGACAGCACCAUGGAAGGGCUCAAGUGCUGUGGCUUUACCAACUACACGGAUUUUGAGGGUUCACCCUACGUCAAAAAGAACAAUACCUUUCCCCCAUUCUGUUGCAAUGACAUCACCAACACAGCCAAUGAAACCUGCACUGAAGAAAAAGCUAAGAACCAAGCAGUACAGGGUUGCUUCAAUCAGCUUCUGCAUGACAUCCAAACUAAUGCGGUCACCGUGGGUGGUGUGGCAGCCGGAAUUGGGGGCCUAGAGCUGGCUGCCAUGAUUGUGUCCAUGUAUCUGUACUGCAAUCUGCAAUAAGUCCACUUCUGCCUCUGCCACUACUGCUACCACAUGGGAACUUGGAAGAGGCACUCUGGCAAGAAGCAGCGACGUGGGGAGGGGACAGUAUCUAACAAUGUCACUUGGCCCAGAGUGGACCUGCCCUUUCUGCUCCAGACUGGGGGCUAGAUAGGGAUCACUCCUUUUAGGUAGUGCCUGUCUUUCCUUCCAUUGGUGGAUGGGUGGGUGGGGCGCAUUCCAGAGCCUCUAAGGUAGCCAGUCUUGCCCAUUCCCCCAAUCUAUGAAACGCUUGAUAUGUCCCCUAGGGCAAGUGGGGGCUCUUCGUGAUCCCAGUGCACUACUGGGGGAUGAGAGAAAGGCAUUUUAUAGCCUGGGAAGAAGUGAAAUCAGCAGAGCCUGGGCAGAUGUGUAGAAGGCACUUCAAAAUGCAUAAACCAGUUGCAAUGUUGCCAA